UAUAUCGCAAACUGUCAACGUCUGCUAGCUUCAUUCUGGAAGGAAAUAGGCGGGGAUGACGAAGACUAUUAUCCUGGAUACAAUUGUACACCUUCUGAAGCAUGGAUCAGUCUGUACCACCUCCUAAACUUCGCUUCAAAUUGGAUCUAAUUCUGGCGCCACUUAGACAAGGAAAAGAUUCGAUUUGCUCGCAAGAAUCCGGACGCGAUGCGAAGGGUUGCGGCGCAGAAAGCUAAGGCAGCUGAGCGAGAUCGAAAAAAGGAACAGAGAAGACAGAAGCAGAAACCAGUUAUUGCUAAAGCGGCUACUCAGGAAACUACGAAAGCGCCUACCUCCAUGCAGGAAUCAAAAAGACCAUCUUCAAUGGGAGUGAAUGUCCGAGUCAAAGAGGAAUACGACCGCAGGGUCACCGUCCCUAAAACUAUUUCGAAAUCAAUGCCAAAGCCGGCCAUACAACCUGAAGCAUCAUCAGAUUCAGAACCAGAUGUUCCUAUAAUUAAAAUGGUGAAACAAGUUCGGAGGGUGGAACAAGAAUCAUCAAGUUCCUCAGAUUCAUCGGAAGCAAAGCCUCCGUCGGUUAAAGGAAAAAGGAAACGUCCCAAUGUCAAAGCUAGAUCAACGGCUGAAGAAACUGAACCACCGAGGUACAUGAAUCCAGGGCCUUCCAAUCUUUCUCUUCAGACAGAGACGAAGCUCGUGAAUAAAAACAAGCCAUCUUUGCCGCGUUUACGAACAGCCCGUCCAGCUUCCGGACCCUCUAAUACGACCCAUUCCACGUCCUUACCAACCCUUGCUAAACUUCAAACACCUACACCAUCUCUACCAAAACCGACAACGGAGGGUUCCGCGUCUGCAGGUGGCAGCGCCUCCAAGAAAACCUCGACACAAGGAGCUCUGAAGAUGGAUGCGUUACCGGAGAAAGAUAUUGGAGGAUCGCGGCCCCAUCUCCCUCGGAAAUCGACAUCGACUCUGAACGGCAUAAGCUUCAAGAAGAACCGCGGAGGUCCUAUGAAGGAGUCUCAAACGAUAAUAGCUGAUCGCGCUUCUCCAAAGAAUGUACCGACAUAUUCUCAUCGAGCGGAACCUUCGUCUCCCGCCGUUGUCAGUGCAACCCCAACACCGCGACAUUUUUCGAGACCGAAAAUGGCAUCUGAAGAUCAAGUUCCCUCGUCUCAAAAGACGCUCAAUAAUCCUACUAACCCGCAAGUAGAACCAUUCGUACCACUUGCUUCAACCUCAGAGGCUCAACCAUCUGAUGAUUGGGGGAUGGAUCCUUCUGCCGCUGACCUGAACCAUUCGCCGCCAAUAUCUUCCAGGAGAAGCUCCAUGCUGAAUGACGAAGCUGAAAGUUUCCUAAGUUCGGUGAUGCCAAUGACAAAGACUGCUGGUGUGGAAUAUGUCCUGCCAAAAUCCGAGUCACGCAUCUCUUCCAAGACGAAUGCGAUAUGGGCGGGUAAACUUAUCCUUGAAAUAGACGAAAUUGAUGAAGCUCAGACAAUGUCUAUGGAAAGCCUGCUUCUUGCGUCCGACCCUUCAGCUGGUCAAAUCUCGCUCACGCAAGGUGUGAUCCCGUUGAAGGUUUCCAUGUCAUACAACGACUCCAAGUUGGUUAUGAAGUCAAGAUCUUUCUAUAGAUUUGAAGACUUGAAUGCAAUUCUAGCUGCCUGUAGUCCGGUCAAGGAGUGGGGGUGGCUCUGUGCGGCAAAAGAAGAAGAGGCGAGAAAGUUUAGGCAGAUUGCGGAUCUUUUGUCUCACAAAAAAUGGGUUGCGUUCAUACCUGUCGCAGUCGAAGAGAAAGUUGUUGCAAUAAACUUGAUAUAUCCUUCUACCCUUUCACAUCAUUACCUUCCUCCUGUCAAGUCAUUCGUUCCAAACGAAACCGCACUCAUCGUAUCGCUGCAUAACUGGGUCAUCAAUGCGGAGGACUGUCUUCUGGAUGAUGUGCUGAAACAUUUUGUUCAGCGACUGGAUAAUGCAUACGACAGGAGAGAUUUCAAGUUACCGCGGGGCGUGUAUGAAGCUUACGGCGAGCCCGGUAUCAAACCACUGGAGGGCCUUUUAGUCCCCAAGCUGACAACCAAGCACGCCGUAAGGAUGCUGGAACUCCCCGAACUGCUACAUUCAUACUUAGUGUCUGGCGGUGAGCGGCCUUUUGCGUUAUGGCCCCCAGUCGAUUCAGAAGUUUUUGGUUUGUCACCCGUUUCUGAGAUUGAAAGGGAAAUGCUAUCAACGCUGUUGAACGAAUAUCCCGCCACGGUCAAUCAAGGCACUGUGGGUACGGAAUGGGAUUCAUCUCUGAGAGUGAUUUUUGCCCAUGUCAAUUCGCUGGUUCCCAGUUCAGGUUGGAGAGACAUUAGAGACAUACCUGGUCUUUCAGAAUACCGAAUGAUGAACGAUGUGAGGUUCUUUGUUUAUGGUUCCAGUGACAUCGUGAAUCCUCGGUUUUCUGAUAUCAUCGAGGAGAUUUGGCAUAUAGGUGGACUUGUGACGUUUACUCCCAAUGCUUUGCUUUCCGACCCCCUGGGAGUGCAUGAAAGGAUCCUUCAGAUCGAGGAACACGAUUUUUGGGCGUGUUACAUUUUGCCUGCUGUCAUUGGUAUGGCUGUCUCUAUUGCGUAUCGCGAUAGGGAGCAUGUUAUUCAGAAACGAAUAGCAUGUAAAGCAAACAAACAUGUGCCGCAUUGUACUGGUUCUCAAAGUAUUGAUGUGGACAUCGAUAUUGGUAUCGAUGAGCCAAUAUCAUGCACAUGUGAUGGGCUCGGGUACGAAUGGCUUUUGGAUGCGAUAGACGAGGAGUUAAUUUCAAUUGUGGGGGCUCCACCUUUGCAGACGCAUCUUGGUGGCCAAGGUGCCGUAACUCGUCGGGGUGCGUCUAGGGACAAUCGACUUCGCAAUACAGAGGAUUGGAAUUUACUUUCAGAGAAUCAUUCAACAUCCUCGUCCUUUCUUACUUACUUGGAUACUCCGUCAAGCUCUCUACCCUUGAGUUUUAUUGCGCAAGACCAACUCGGGUGCCCUCCAUCCUCCAUUCCGGUUCAAUAUGAUGACUCCUUCGUACCCUGGAUUUUCCAGCUCUUUGAUAGCGAUGUCCGUGAUCGCUCUGAAACGCUAGCAUUUUGCGUGAGGGAGUUUAUGCAGCUUUGUGGUAAUCUGCCACAAGAAGAAUGGGAGGAUGCGAUCAAACGAGAAAUCAUAGAGCAUCUUGGACGUUUGCAAAUUAGUCGGGGGUUCAGGGAGGAACUCAGACGAUUUGUUAUUGUCACAGGUAGCGAGGACAAGGGUCUGCAGACUGAUCAGAGUGGUAUUGAAUGGGCUACAGUAGAAUCAUUCAGAUUUCAGGAUGUCACUGACGUCCAGGACAUUUUCGACCUAUUUUAAUUCUUUCUAUUUUCUUGUAACUUAUUAUUUUAUUUACAGACUAUAUACUAUAUAUAUG